AUGACUUUAAAAUUUGAAAGUGCCGAAACCUUACUCAUAUCUGAGGUACACAUGUUGUUGGAUCAUCGUAAACGGCUAAAUGAAUCGGCCGACGAAGAGCAAGAAUUUUCGGAAGUUUUCAUGAAAACUUAUGCCUAUACGGAUAGUUUUCGAAAAUUCAAAAACAAAGAAACCAUAGCAGCCGUACGCAGUUUAUUAAUGCAGAAAAAAUUACAUAAAUUUGAAUUGGCCGCUUUGGGUAAUCUGUGUCCAGAAGCUCCUGAGGAAGCUAAAGCAUUAAUACCUUCUUUGGAGGGCCGCUUCGAAGAUGAGGAAUUGCGUCAGAUACUCGAUGACAUUUGUACUAAACGUAGUUUACAAUAUUAAUAGUUUUAUGUUUAAGGUUAAAAAAGAAAAUUUUUACAAAAAUUCUUU